GAAAGCUGUGCAGCAGCCAGUUUACAAAUGCCUGGGCUUCGCUGUCAGAAGGCAGCAGCUUUUAGGGCUGAGCUGAGAUGUUUGAAAGGUGGAGCACUCUUGACCAUGAAAUAUGCUCUCCUUGCAUGCCGCAGCCUUUCAAAGUUCUGUGCAUUAGAAGCAGGGAUUCCAUUCUAUCUGGAGCUGAGUGUGGGGCCAGCGCUAGCCAGCCUUUCUCUCUCCUGAGGAAGGCUGAUAGGCGUUUAAAAGGCUUGUGGUGGCCGGUGUCCCAAGUGUUCCCAGCUCCCGCAGCGACCCUUCCCUUUCACCUCUGCUUACUGGAGACGACUUAGAUAUCGAAGCAGACUGGACGGUUGGAUUCAGGAAGCCAUGAAUCAUGUCACUAGAAACGAGCUGCAGACUUUAAACUCCGUUCAGCAUGUGGAAGCGGCAGAGAAAUGACCUGUCCAGACAAGCCGGGGCAGCUCAUAAACUGGUUUGUCUGCUCCUUGUGUGUCCCUCGACUGUGUAAACUCUGGAGCAGCCGGCGUCCCAGGACCAGACGGAACCUCUUGCUGGGCACUGCCUGUGCCAUCUACCUGGGCUUCCUGGUGAGCCAGGUUGGCAGGGCCUCCUUCCAGCAUGGGCAGGCCACUGACAGGGGCCCUCCUCACAGCCGCAACAACUUCAAGGUACCCUUCCCGGAGAUCCCCUUGGAUGGUACCCUGGCCCCUCCAGAGUCGCAGGGCAAUGGGAGCACUCUGCAACCCAACGUGGUGUACAUUACCCUACGCUCCAAGCGCAGCAAGCCUGCCAAUAUCCGUGGCACGGUGAAACCCAAGCGCAGGAAGAAGUAUGCAGUGGCAUCUGUAGUUCCUGGUCAGGAGGCACUGGCUAAACCAUCCUUUAUACUGCAGGACGUUGUACCGGCAGCAGAUGCUGAAGUACCUGCCUAUGUUCAGGGUUACCUGACAAAGGUUGGGGAACGACCCUGGAGGGUGCUGCGUGGUCCUAGAAUCAGAACUGGGGGUUCAAAUUUGCGGCCGCCUGGGACGCGGGAGAGCAACAUCAGGAUUUACAGUGAGAGCGCCCCCUCAUGGCUGAGCAAAGAAGACAUCCGCAUAAUGCGCCUGCUGGCUGAUGGUGAGGUGGCUAGCAUCCUGCCAGCCUUCUCUAAGAGUGGUGCCCACUUGCUGGUGUUGGAAGGGAGCACCUCAGGCUCUGUGCCUGGCUGCGGGCCUAGCCGCUGUGGGCUACUCAAGCAGCCCCUGGACAUGAGUGAAGUGUUUGCCUUCCACUUGGACAGGAUUCUGGGUCUCAAUAGGACCCUGCCAUCUGUGAGCAGGAAAUCAGAGUUCAUCCAAGAUGGCCGCCCUCGUCCUAUCGUUCUCUGGGACUCAUCUCUAGCAUCUGCAAGCAAUGACAGCCAUUCUUCUGUUAAGAUCACCUGGGGAACUUAUCAGCAGUUGCUAAAACAGAAGUGCUGGCUGAAUGGCCGGGUUCCUAGACCUGAGUGGGGCUGCACUGAAAUCCAUCACCAUGAAUGGUCCAAGAUGGCUCUCUUUGAUUUUUUGUUACAGAUUUACAAUCGCUUAGAUACCAAUUGCUGUGGUUUCAAACCUCAAAAGGAAGAUACCUGUACACUAAAUGGACUGAGGCCAAACUGUGAUGACCAAAAUUCUGUGGCUUUAGCACACAUUGUCCAGAGGAAGAAUGACCCAAGGCAUUUGGUCUUCGUAAACAACAAGGGCUUCUUCGAUAGAAGUGAAGACAACUUAAACUUCAAAUUGCUAGAAGGCAUCAGAGAGUUUCCCGACUCUGCAGUUUCUGUUUUGAAGAGCCAGCACUUACGGCAGAAGCUCCUUCAGUCUCUGUUCCUUGAUAAGGUUUACUGGGAAAGUCAAGGAGGCAGGCAAGGCAUCGAGAAGCUCAUUGAUGUGGUAGAGCAGAGAGCCAGAAUCCUUGUCACCUACAUCAAUGCACAUGGCGCCAAAGUAUUACCUAUGAAAGAAUGACAUAGGGCUUUCUGCCUUGAGGGCUAUACAUAUGUGACCUUUGGUUUUUCUUAAAUAAAGCAGAUCAACCUUAAGUGUUUCUAGGAGUGAGGCAGCAUAGUUGAAUAUACAAAACUGAUCUGAUAUAUAUCAUAAACUGAGUUUAUAUGCAAAUUCAAGAAGUAUCAGGAUAACAUAUUGCUUGCAAAAUGUCUGAUGGUAUUUUUUGCCUAACACUCUGACAUGUGUAUCUCAGCAUUGUUAUUACACAGUGGCUCCAAUUAUUAUUCCCACUAAUGUUUAAAGCAUUUUCAUGAUAUUUGACAGAGCAAUACAAACCAGAGACACUGACUCUUCUAAUAAAUCAUUCUCAUACCAUGUAACAGAUCUGACCAGCUCCAAGCAGAGAGUUUAUUGACAUUGCCCUGAUGUUGAUCAUUAUAACAGUUUCCACAACCCUAUCCAAAAACAAUUCUACCAGGAAAUUGAGGCACGUGGCUGUGAAAGCAACAGUCUUGAAAUGCCUUCUAAGUAGACAUGGUAGUAGAUUCAUUUACAAACUUCUGGUUGUAUUUUCUAGCAUCUAUAAACAACCAGUUAUUUUUUAUCUACCAAAAUCUCAUAUUCAUUCCUUCUAAGAAAUUUACUGUCAGUGUAGAAAUAUCCAUAUGUAGCAAUGGAUAUAUUAGUUCACUUUGCUCUUAAUUUUGAUUCAAUUUAUGUCUGGUGGUUAGAAAACUAAGCAGUUAUAAGGCAUGAUGUUACCUAUUUGACAAUUUAUUUUGUGGAGUCUAUUAAUGUUCUUAUUGGUUGGUUGGUUGGUUAGUUGGCUUUUUUAACAAAUAAUUAUAAGGUCUCCUGUAGUCCAUGCUGGCUUUGAACUCCUUAUGCAUCUGAGGAUGACCUUGA